AUGUCUGUCAUGUUUAAUGCCGACUCUUCGUUACCAUAUAUCAUUAAAUUGACCGCAGGAAAACGCAGUACAGGAAUGGAUACUGAUUCAAAACCAAAUAUGGACAUUUUCAUUGAAGCCGACGAAAAGGAAAAGAAAUGGUGGUUAGGAAAAGGUUCUCUAGGUUCUCUGGGUAUUGAUGAGAAAAGCUUUAAAUUUAUGACUGCAAUCUGUAAUGCAACAAAUCAAAGAAGUGUUUAUGAUUGGGGAUCGAAAAGUUUAUUUACUAAUCUCCCAACAGACGAAUAUCAAGAGCCAGACGCAUGUUUUAUACCUAUACGUCUGUUGGAUGCAUUGAACCCAGUACUAAAUCCUUGUGAUCGAGAUGGAAGCCCAUGGCCAACAAUCAUCCUUGAGGUUGCUUCCUCAGAAACUCUCCAACAUGUAAAGGAUAAGAUCAAUAACUAUUGGCUAGUACAAGAUCGUUGUGAAGAUGUAAUCGUUAUCAAAAUAGGUAAUUGGGAAGAAAAGCGUCGUAACCAAACGACCCAACGCCCUUUGCGUCGUUUGCGGUGUCUAAAAUUCUGUCGGACUGCAACUCUUCAGCAAAAUCCAAACGCUACAACAUUCGAAGCAAUUGAAGAG